UCUUUAUUUGUUAAACUCAACAAUUUUUUAGAAAUAUUCUCACUUCAAAAAAUUAUCAAUCAAAAAAAAAUGGUUAUUUGAACAUCAUUAUGGAAGAUCUAAAAAUGACAACAUCAUCCAGCAGCAAAUCAAAUGUCGAAGAUGUCGUCGAAACGACUACUGAAACAACAAAAGAAUCAGAAUUAUCCAAUAUUGAUUCAGAAACGGAAAUUUUUGAUCGAAUUGCUAGUAAAUUGUUGCGAUCUGGUUACCUAUUGACAGCGUUAGAAUUACAUGCCGAACUUAUUGAACGUGGUAAAGAAUCAUCACGGUUACGUGAUUAUUUUGAUAAUCCACAUAAUUUCGAGAAACAUUUCGAUAUUUCGCCCACAAAUCGUCCAUCAACCAGUAAUGAAGCGAUGACAACGAUGUUUCCAAAAAAUUUAUCAAUCGGACGAAGUCCUUCGGAGAAUACCUUUGAUUCAUUGGAUUUUACACAUUAUUCGGAUGAAGAUCUCGAAAGACAUAUUGGUGAUGAACGGAUUGCCGUAUUGGAAUUUGAAUUACGUAAAGCACGCAAAACUAUUGAUUCAUUACGUGCAAGUCUUACAAUGACCACAACCGGACAAUGUUCUAAUGAUAUGAUUGAUGGUGGUGGUGGUGGUAAUAAUAAAUUGCUCAAUGAUUGUGAAUCCAAACUACAUCAAUCACCACCAACAAUCAACAAUGAUAAUAAUAUAUUCACUACUGCUACAGCAGAAUAUGCCAAUGAAUUUAGUAGAGAUUUUUAUUAUCGUGGUUCAGCCGAUGGUGAUUCAUGUCCAGGUGAAGAUGAUAAAUUUAGUAAAAAAUCAACAACAAAUUUAUCCAACUAUGAAUCAUGUAUUGGUGGUGGUGGUGGUGUCGGUGGUAGUUCAAUAAUCAAACCACAUGAAAAACGAGCACUGAAUUAUCUAAUCAAUGAAUAUCUAAUGACAUAUAAUUAUAAAAUAACAUCAAUAACAUUUUGUGAUGAAAACACUGAUCAAGAUUUUGAUAAUUGGAAUGAUGUUGGCCUGAAUAUAACAAGACCACCGGAUCUAUUACGAAUUUAUCGACAAUUCUGGAAUAACAUUAAUAAUCAUCGUCAAUCAUCAUCAUCAUCAGUAGCAACAGCAUCAUGUUUAAUGCGAACAAAUUCCAAUGCAACCACUAUUGUAAGCAAUAGUCAUAAAACAAUAAUCAAUGAUGAUGAUGAUGAUGAUGAUUUUCUUGUCAACAAUAACCAAUAAUCGACGAUUCGUUUGUAAAUAAAGACCAAAAUGAUGAUGAUGAUGAUUGCUAUAUAUGACAAAAAACAAAAUUGUCAAUGUCAAA